AUGGCUACUAAACUAAAGUUCAAACUAGCUGAUAAAUUUCAGCCUUGCUUUAACUCUCAAUAUCCAAUCUUCUACACUAAGUCAGGUAAAAUUUAUUGUGGAAGAGAUGUUGAUGACUCACUGUGUAUAAAUGUACUCGAUGAAAAUUCGUUCACUUUGGUCAACAGAAUUCGGGAUGAUGAGGUUAUCACAUCUUUCGUUGUCGAUGAAGCCGGAUCGGAGAUAUUUAUUGCUACUAAGAACUUGCUUUUAAAACGUCUUGAUAGCCUCUCCCUAAGGCCUACAAAAGUGUGGAUGUCUUGUCACCAAAGAAUCGUGCAGAAAAUGGCGCUUAACAAAACUUCAACACGAUUAGCUACCGGUUCAGGAGAUACGGUUGUUAGAUUAUGGCAUAUUGGUCCAAAGGAAGGCUUCUCAAAAAGCUGUCGACUGCACCAGGGAAUGAUAACACUAUUGAAAUUCCAUCCGACAUUACCGUACCUUUUCUCAUCGUCAGUGGGUGAUCACUUUGUAGCUGUGUGGGACACUGAGACUGGAAAACAUGUCUCUUCUCUUGAAGGUCAUCAAAGCAUUGUUACAAGUUUGGACUUCAAUGCUGGAAAGAAUGAAUUAGUUACAUGUGGGCGCGAUAAAGUUCUUAUUGUCUGGUCGUUCGUAGACUUCACAAAGCAAAAAGUCAUACCUACCUUUGAGAGCUUAGAAGCUUGUACUUUCCUUCCUGUUGGCGCAUUAACAAAUCACUUGGGUCACACGUUUUCUGAAAGCAAUACUUCUUUAUUGUUGACUGGCGGUCAGUGGGGCUGUUUGCGUUGCUGGGAUGUAGAUACUGGGCGUUGUGUGUUAGAGAUCAAGGGUCCCUUAGAUCGGACUCCUCAGUCUGAUUCUGGUAGUUCCACUGCGUUAGAUCGCCACUCAAUUGACUAUGGACUUCAUUCCAUCAGUCAUUUGAAUGUAUACAAUAUAAAAGACAGUAAUGAUAAUGUGUUGGAUGAAAGUGAAAACUCAUCCUUACGAUUAAUUCUUGUGCGUCAAAGUAAUCAUGUUGAAUUUUAUAACCCAAUGGUCGGCAAAUUAACAGCUGAGUUCUUAGGUGACAUUGGACAAGUUGAUCAAUUAUGCAUUGUAGGCAAAAAUCACAAUUAUCUUAUUCUAGCUGAUGCGUCACCUCACAUGAAAAUUUUCCUCAAUCCAUAUGGACUCAGUUUAAAGGGAAAAAAUACAACUGAAGAUAAUCUUAAUAGUAAAACAAAUGGUUCAUGGAAAUGUCACCUUAUUCCCGGUGGUCAUACUGAUGUGAUUAUGGAUUUGACUGUAUCCAUAUGUGGUCAAUGGAUUGCAAGUGGUUCUAAAGACCAAUCUAUUUGUUUAUGGCAUCUAAUAGAAUCAGAAGAUUCAACAUCGUCAUCACUACAUAAAUCUAAGAAUGUUCCUGUCAAAUUGGAUCUUAUUACUCAAAUUCAUAAGGCACAUGCUGCUCAUAUCAGUUCUGUUUGCUUUGAUAGAUUGACAACACAUCUUAUAUCUAGUUCAGAAGACGGUAUUUUAAAAGUUUGGAAUGUUCAGUGUAAUAACUUAGAUAAACCAGAUUCUGUGUUAUCAGAAUUAAACACAAUUCAUGGAGCCCAUGGCGGAGUAAUCAAUUCAAUUGAUGUUUCCGUUGAUAAUCGUCUUGUUGCUACUGCAUCACGUGAUAAAACUGUCAAGAUAUGGGAAUUUAAAAAACAAAGUUUACAUUGUCAAGGGGUUCUUCAGGGUCACCGUAGAGGUGUUUGGUCUGUUUGCUUUUCAAGAUUUGAGAAAAUUGCACUUACUGCUUCGGGUGAUGGAGAUGUAAGAUUGUGGAAUUUAAAAGAUUUCUCGUGUAUCCGUACAUUGGAAGGCCAUGAUCAACCAGUGUAUAAGGCAGUUUUUCUUUCUCACGAUAAACAAAUAUUAUCAUGCGAUCAGAAAGGAUUAAUAAGAUUGUGGAAUGUAUCCAAACCACCUAAAAAUAAUCAAGAAAAAUCUGAAAAUGUUGAUAAACUAUCCUCUGAAGAAACUUCAUCUUUAGUUUAUGAAGCACACGAUGGAAGAAUAUGGUCAUUAGCUAUUUGCCCAGAUGAAUCUGGUUUUUUCACUGGUGGUGAAGAUGAAACAUUAUGUUAUUUUGAAGAUAUUACAGAAAUAUUGCUGAAUGAAACAUCACAACAGCAAGAAGAAUAUAUUCAAACACAACAAGAAUUGGAUAAUCUUGUACACAAACAAAUGUAUGCCGAUGCUGUUCAUUUGGCUGUCAAAUUAGACCAACCUAAGCGAACAUUAGACAUACUACAGGAACUUUUGACUCAAGAUAAUUUCAAACAGACUUGCAAAGAUAAUCAAAGUAUCAAAUAUCCAACACAAGCUGCGAAUUUAUUGUCAGUACUUGAUGAUUUUGCAAAUAAAAGUCACAGUGAAAAUCUUAAUGAUUCACUUAAUCUAAGUCAACGACUUUUAUCUUAUGCUAUCAACUGGAAUACAAGGACUAGAACAUCAAUGAUAAGUCAGUUUGUAUUGAAUUGGAUUCUAACCCGUUGGAAACCAGAAGAAUUACUUGAAUGGCCAAAUUUUAGUCAAGCGAUACAAUAUCUCCUUCCGUAUACAACUCGUCAUUAUCAACGUAUAUGUAGAUUGGAAGAACAACUGGCAAUUCUAAACUAUAUUUCUGAGGUGACUGAUGAACAUUUAAUUUCUACUAACACUUUUCAUGAACCAAUGGAGUUAGACAAUGAUCAAAAUAAUAUAAGAUCAACGAUAAAUGAUGUAAACGUUUAA